AUGGUUAGUCGAAUUGCAAGGAAACUGAAGAACGUAUACAAUCCAGAUAUUGCAAGGUGGAUUGAAGAUUUGAAUCCUCCAAAGUCUGCUGUGCUGGUGCCAUUGUUUUUCAGACAUGAUGAUCUACGCGUUUUAUUCACUGUUCGUGCUGCACAUCUACGUUCACAUGGCGGUGAAGUCACGUUUCCCGGUGGUAAGGCGAAUGACUCGGAUGCUAAUUUGACAGAGACUGCGUUGAGAGAAGCAGGGGAAGAGAUCGGUUUGCCAAAGGACAGCGUUAAAAGUAUCGUGCAAGCCAUUCCGUGCCUCACAAACGAUUUGAACUCUGUUGCACCUGUCAUCGGAUUCAUUGACAGUCGAUUUGAACCUGUACCUAACAGAAGUGAAGUGUCUCACGUGUUCAGUAUGCCACUUGUUAAUUUCUUAUCGAAAAAGAACAUACAUUGCAUCAGACAAGUCCCCCUCUAUGGAAAUCGUGGUAGUAAUGUAUAUUUCAAGUACAAAGACAACGGUGAAACGUACACGCCAUCUGGGAUCACUGCAUGGAUUUCUAUUAUGUUGGCUUCUUAUAUUUUUGAUCGUUCUCCUGAUUUUAAGGAGUUUAAUCAAGGUUGUACAUCCGAUGACCCACAAGAUAUUGUGAAACAUGUAUACAAUAUGUAUGCACGAGCGUUUAACAAGAACCCAUUUGAAAAGAAACAUCAAUAA